UUCAUCUCCAUCAUCCCCCUUCCACCUCCCAUCACACUCAAAAUGGCUUUCGGCAAGCUCUACGGUCGUCGUGACAACACUCGCACCAUCUCCAUCCUCGUUGCUGCUAAGCACAACGACCUGGAGCUUGAGCUCGUCGAGACCCAGGCCAACCCCGCUGCCGACUUCAACAAGUCUGAUGCCUACACCAAGCUUCAGCCUCUAGGCAAGAUCCCCGCUUUCGAGGGUGCCAAUGGCUUCACUCUCUCUGAGGUUAUCGCCAUUGCCGUCUACGUGACCUCUCAAAACGAGAAGACCACUCUUCUCGGCAAGACCAAGCAGGACUAUGCUUCCAUCCUCCGGUGGUUGUCCUUCGCCAACUCUGAGCUCCUUAUUAGCUUCGGCUCCUGGUUCCGCCCUCUCCUUGGCCUCGACGGCUACAACAAGAAGAGUGUCGACGAGGCUGCCAAGGCUGCCCUGAAGAAGCUCAGCGUUCUCAACACCCACCUCACUGCUAACACCUACCUCGUCGGCGAGCGCAUCACCCUCGCUGAUCUCUUCACUGCUUCUCUUCUCACCCGCGCUUUCGCCACUGUCAUUGACAAGAAGGUCCGCUCUGACAACCCCGCUGUUGCCCGGUGGUACCAGACCAUUGUCGCUCAACCCGCCUUCAAGGCUGUUGUUGAAAACCCCGUCCUCGUCGAUGAGGCCAUCAAGUACACUCCCCCCAAGAAGGAGGAGAAGCCCAAGGCUGCUGCCGCCGCUGCCCCUGCUGAGGAGGCACAGCCCGCUGAGAAGAAGCCCAAGCACCCUCUUGAGGCCCUCGGCAAGCCCACUUUCAUCAUUGACGACUGGAAGCGCACAUACUCCAACGAGGACGUCCGUACCAGUGCUAUGCCCUGGUUCUGGCAAAACUACAAGGCCGAUGAGUUCUCUCUCUGGAAGGUCAGCUACAAGUACAACGAUGAGCUCAAGCUCACCUUCAUGGCUAACAACCUGAUCGGUGGUUUCCACGCUCGUCUUGAGGCUUCCCGCAAGUACCUCUUCGGUUGCCAGGGUGUCUACGGCGCCAACUACGCUUGUGUCAACGAGGGUGUCUUCCUUGUCCGUGGCCAGGAAGCCACCCCUGCUUUCGAUGUUGCUCCUGACUGGGAGAGCUACAACUUCGAGAAGCUCGACCCCAACAGCGAGGCUGACCGCAAGUACAUCGAGGACAUCUGGGCCUGGGACGCCCCUGUUGUCGUUGACGGCAAGGAGCUUGCCAACGUCGACGGCCACGUCUUCAAAUAAACGACUUAUUAGAUGCCAUAGUAACUGACUCAUGAUGAUGAUAUCCAAACAAAACACUAUGACACUUUCCUUUGUUCAAUAACAUGCAUAAAUUCCUCUUCUAAAAGUAUCUGUUUGUGAUAUCCUAUGGGAUGGAACAUACCCAUAUCCAUCCCACUUUUGUCAACCCGAUCACGUCAUGUCUACGCCCCCACCACGAUGCAAUGGUUUUACGUCUAGUCACUGAGAAUGAAAAAAAAAAAAAACUCUUCACGAACAAUUUUCUGUUCAAUUUUUUACCUUGAUAAGCAUGUCUAAACACUAGAGAGGUAUAGUGCC